CUCCUCCGCGGUAGACUUUCUCCUCCUUCUCGUCCUCUCCCUGUCCUCUUCUUCUCUCCUCCACCUGGAGGGAGGGCUGGGGGCACACUCACACUCACACUCACUCACUCACUCACACACGGGCAUGCAGCAGUCCUCGGGCCAGGCUGCGGGCACCCGGUUCCCGGGGUCCGGGACAGGGAGCGGAGCGCCCCAAGACGGGCGGGGGCGAGCGUGAGCGGCUCUCCAGCCCUCUUCCAUAAUGAAUGAGUGCCACUAUGAUAAACGCAUGGACUUCUUCUAUAACAUGAGCAACGCCGAUACUGCAGACGAAUGGACGGGGACCAAUCUUGUGAUUGUUCUCUGCUUUGGGACCUUCUUCUGCCUGUUUAUCUUUAUUUCUAAUUCUCUGGUCAUCGCGGCUGUGGUCAAGAACAGAAAGUUUCAUUUUCCCUUCUACUACCUGCUGGCUAACCUCGCCGCUGCAGACUUCUUUGCUGGCAUCGCCUAUGUGUUCCUCAUGUUCAACACCGGUCCUGUCUCCAAAACACUGACCGUCAACCGUUGGUUUCUGCGCCAGGGGCUCCUGGACACCAGCUUGACGGCCUCUCUGACAAAUCUGCUGGUCAUUGCAGUGGAGAGGCACAUGUCCAUCAUGAGAAUGAGAGUCCAUAGUAAUCUGACCAAGAAGAGGGUGACACUGCUGAUCCUGCUCAUCUGGGCUAUCGCGAUAUUCAUGGGGGCAGUCCCCACACUUGGCUGGAACUGCCUAUGUGACAUCUCUACUUGCUCCUCCUUGGCUCCCAUUUAUAGCAGGAGUUACCUCAUUUUCUGGACAGUGUCCAACCUCGUGGCCUUCUUCAUCAUGGUGGUGGUGUACCUGCGUAUCUACAUGUAUGUGAAGAGGAAGACCAACGUCUUGUCCCCACACACGAGUGGGUCCAUCAGCCGCCGACGGACACCGAUGAAGCUCAUGAAGACAGUUAUGACUGUCUUAGGAGCCUUUGUUGUGUGCUGGACUCCUGGGUUAGUAGUCCUGCUCCUGGAUGGUCUAAACUGUACUCGCUGUGGCGUGCAGCACGUCAAAAGGUGGUUCCUGCUGCUGGCCCUACUCAACUCUGUCAUGAAUCCGAUCAUUUAUUCCUACAAAGAUGAAGAGAUGUACAGCACCAUGAAGCGCAUGAUCUGCUGUUGUUCUCACGGCGAAACCCCAGAGAGGAGGUCUUCCAGGAUUCCAUCCACAGUCUUGAGCAGGAGCACCGACACCUCCAGUCAGUAUAUGGAAGACAGUAUUAACCAAGGGACGAUAUGUAACAAAGGGCACUCCUGAGCUUGGGACUCACCUUAUAUCUGCCGCGUGGGGGGAAACCCUCACCACCCCGGCUCCAGGGACGUCCCCUUCUUUCUCUCUAGCGUGUGAGCGAUAGUCAUCACGCAGAGGAAAUCCCUUAGAAAAAUAGAUGUUACGAGUGGUUAUUUGUCUUUAAUAGAGACAAAAUCCAACAUCAUUUGAAGUCUUAAUAAAUCAGUGUAGUUUUAAAAGCAUACAAAGUAUGCUAUAAAGAGAAGACACAAGCCAUUUAGAAAAUGCCCCAAGAGGAGCAAACGAUAUAGCAGAAUCAUACUUAUUAUUGCAUCUUCCCCCCCUCCAGUGCAUUUCUGUGUCCUGGGAAGUCACACUUUUUAACUGAUUUCUUUUGUUUUCUGAGGAUGCAAUCAAGAGAUUUUAGGCUGGGGAUUCUUCAUCUAGGGUCCAUGGGCCUUAGAUUUCAGAGGGACACAGGGCAUGAACUUGGAUGGCAAAAAAAAAUUACAUCUUUAUUUCCAUGUAGCUCAUUUCCUUUGUAAUCCUAUAUAUUUUGUUUUAUGCAUUUAAAAAGAAGAUUCUGAGGAAGGCUCCGUAAGUGCUAACAGACUGCCAAAGGUAUUCAUGGCACACAUGCACACAAAAUGAAGAAUCCGUUCUGCAGCUCAAAGGAUGAUUCUUGACCCAUUUUCUCUAUCUGCUUGCCAAACCUAUGUAAAUGCAUGUAUUAACAUUUUUUUUAAAAAAAAUGCUUCAAUGCUGAAACAUAAUUCUACAAAUGAAACUAGUACCAGCAGCUGAACUUUUAAUAGGAACCCUACCUGCAGUGAGAAUCAGUGUAGACCCAAGGUACAAUCUUCUUUUCUUUGUUUUAAUUAAAAUCAAAUGUAAUUUCUGGGUUCCAGAUGAAUUGCUUAACUGAAAUAGUAAAUCUUUUAAAUAGAAAUUAUCUUCACUUAGCAUGCAUAUGUGUGUUUGCACAUAUCUGUGUAUGCAUUUGCAUGUCUAAACACCAGGAUGCAUUCCCAAGCCAUCUGAUUUAGGGGGCCCUAUACAUUCUGCAGCGCGAUUCACCCUUGGUGGUCUAAGAAACAAGGGCUGUAACAGCAGACACCCCAGCGGUGGGACUUCAGGAAAGGAGAAUGAAAGUGAUGUUGGAAAUCAAGAUGGGUCCAUUCCUUGCAGGAUCUCCUCUGAAUCAAGGCCUUGGGUCUGAUGUGCUUACCCCAACUGGAGGCCCUGUUUUUCCAGAUGGUGAUUUUGAAAUCACUGUCUUGCCUGAGUCUCUCAGGAUGCUUCUUUACCCUUCCCAUUUUGCAGUAGACUGCAGACUAUCUUCAAGUGGUUGCUUUACCUGUGGACUAAAUUCCGAUCAGGGAUAGAUUCUGAGCUUUUUGGAUGAGCCCAGUAUGCCCUGUACCAAGUCAGUUUGGUACAAAGUCUAGAACAUUUAAAGCACAGUAGGCCAUAGCCACCAUUUUUAUAGAUUAUAAAGCAUUCUGAUUUUUAAAAAGUGUAAUAUCAAGUUAGUUGUCAUAGUAUUUAUGUGGUUUGCUUAAGAAGUUUACAUUUAUUUUUUUUUUUUGGCAUGGAUGAGCAAAAACUUCUUGGAAUGAGAAGAUUUGAAAAGUGAUAUUCUUAGAUUGUCUAGUAAAGAUAGAGUGUUCUGAUCCCAAGGUGUAGACCACCACUUGACCUGCCCCACCCCCAACCCACCCCUCCAAAAAAAGAUAUAGAGAGUUUGUGAAACCAUUUACAAACCUACCCUUCCCUCCCUCUCCACUCAGCC